AUGUCGCAAGCACUCGUCUCCUUAAUCGGCAAGCGCAUGCUGGCUGAAAAUGUCAAGAACAAGUUUGGAACGGAGCACGAUGCCAAAAUCCUUACACGAGUUAAGCGCCGGGCCUACCAGCUAGACUACGCCCUUUUUAACCUCUGCGGUAUCCGCUUCGGUUGGGGCAGUGUGAUCGGUAUCAUCCCAUUGUGCGUACAACUCUCCCCAUUAUCCGCUGAUCCCCACGCUAACGGGUUCGACUUUAGUAUCGGUGACGCAGGCGACGCAGCACUUGCCAUGAUGGUCGUGAGAAAUUGUCAAGAAAUCGAAGGUGGCCUACCUUCGUCUUUGCGCAUGAUGAUGGUCAUAAAUGUUAUUAUCGACUUUGUUAUCGGGCUGGUUCCUUUCAUCGGUGAUCUUGCAGAUGCUGUGUUCAAAUGCAACACCAGAAACGCGAUUCUUCUCGAGAAGCAUUUGCGUGAGAAGGGUGCGAAGGAGGUCAAGAAACAGCAUAGGCAACCGCCAACGCAUGGUCGUGUGGAGGAGAUUCAAGAGGACACAGUCGAUCACAGCCUUCCGGCCGAGUGGGACAAGCAAGAAAGCGGUGUCGUGAACAGUUCGCCUCCCGAAUAUCAGGAGCAUAGAGCAUCAGGCGGUCGACGAGGAGAGGGUCAUGAGACUCGGCAGACCCAGCAACAGCCGCGACCCAACCGUGGCUUUUCCAAGUGGUUCGGCGGUGCCGAUCGUCCACAGGGAGACCUGGAGCAAGGCAGAUGA